UCAUUGGCUGUCUCCCUGUCUCAGCUAAGGGUGUAAACACAGAUCAGCUGGAUGUUGUCGGGUCACUGGUAAACCUUAACUCUGAUAUCUAGAGACCCCUGGACUGUGACGCCUAUCCUCCACGUCACUAAAAGACUUUUGAGAGCAUAAGUUCAGUGACUAGCACAUUCAUCAGACGGGCGUGCAGCUCUCAACAGCCACUAACCUUUUUUUGUAGUGCAAGUACACCGGCAUACGUGAUACAAGAUGCUUGCUCUCCAGUCACGUGCGUGGAAAGCUGUGAAGCCUGUGAUGGCCAGGAGACUAUUUUCACAGACACCUGGUAGAAAUUCCCUCAUUCAAGUGUUUCAAGAGAGUGGUGUUCGCAGCAUUACUCUGGCAGACACAAGAACAAGGAAUUCCCUGUCUCUCCAAAUGUUAAGAGAGCUACAGGAGGCUGUAGGUGAGGAGGAUCCAUCACUGCGCUGCAUCAUAUUACAAGCUCAAGGGAAAGUCUUUUCUGGUGGACACAAUCUUAAGGAACUUACGGGUAGAGAAGGAAAAUCACAUCAUCAGACUGUGUUCAAUGAGUGCACGCAUCUGAUGCUGACCCUGCAACGUCUGCCAGUGCCAGUGGUGGCUAAAGUUAAUGGCGUGGCAGCAGCAGCUGGGUGUCAACUGGUUUCAUCUUGUGAUAUUGCCAUUGCAUCUCAAGGCUCUUCCUUCUCAACUCCUGGUGCAAAUGUGGGGAUAUUUUGCUCUACUCCUGGCAUUCCUCUAGUGCGAUGUGUUCCUAGGAAAGUUUCUGCCCACAUGCUGCUCACAGGACUCCCCAUCACAGCUGAGGAAGCCUUACAAGCUGGCUUGGUUUCAAAGGUUGUCCCAGAGGAGGAACUAGACUGUGAAGUCCAGAAGGUUGUUGAUGCCAUCCUACACAAGAGUAGAUCUGUCAUUGCUCUGGGGAAGAAGUUCAUGUAUAAGCAGAUGGAAAUGGGAAUAGAAGAUGCCUACAGGGAAGGAGGAAACCUGAUGGUGCACAACAUCAACAUGAUAGAUGGACAGGAGGGAAUCAACAGCUUUAUAAGAAAAUGUAGCCCCAGCUGGACUCAUUCAGAUAACUGACACAAGCAGAAUCAUAUUACAUACAUACAAAUAUAAAAAAAGUCUACAAAUAUAUAUUUUCAUGUAUAGUUAUCAUAGGUAAGUAUUUACAUGGGUGUAUCAGUAUUGCUGUCCUUAUUACCACAGAUGUAUUUAAAUCUAAGCUGUUUAAUAGAUUAAAACUUUCUUAAUUCA